ACUGCUUUACUCGCUCACAUUAGCCAUGAUCAUGCUGCUCUUUCUGCUGCUGUUCAAACUCAUCCCAGCCAACUGUCUGGACUCUGUUCAGGGGCGCAUUGUUGGCGGAUAUACCCCGUCGCCAAAUUCAAUCAAAUACAUCGUGUCGAUACAGAGCUCGAAGGGCCAGCACUUCUGUGGCGGAUGUCUGGUCCACAAGUCCUGGGUGCUUACAGCCGCCCAUUGCAAUAUUGGGAUGGAUCAGAUGAUGUUAGUGGCUGGAGACUAUACUUUAGGUGUUUUUGAGGGGACAGAGCAGUACUCCAAGCCUCUGUCGCUUGUCCCGCACCCUCAGUACAACAGGAGCACCAAUAAUGCAGAUAUCAUGCUCAUAAAGCUUAGUGCACCCAUAGAGCUCAACAGGUAUGUGUCCCUCGCCCCGCUCCCCAAACAGAACGCAGGGCUGCUGGCGGGCAGGGUGUGCCGGGUUUCUGGGUGGGGCUCCACCAGCCACAGCGGAGGUCUGAAGCCCCUCAUCCUGCGUACGGUCAAACUCCCCAUCGUCUCCACCUCCAGAUGCAACAGCAGUAACUCCUUCAGCGGAAACAUCACAACAAACAUGAUAUGCGCGGGGUCCAACACGGGAGGAAAAGACGCGUGUAAGGGGGACUCUGGAGGGCCGCUGGUGUGUGAUGGACGUGUUUACGGCCUGGUCUCUUGGGGAAAUGGCUGUGGGGAUCCUAGGUUUCCAGGGGUUUAUACGGCCGUGUCCAGGUUCCGCAGGUGGAUUGACCAGACCAUCUACAGCACAUUUUCUAGAUGCCUUAAGUCAGCUGGUCUUUUCAGCAGGGAAGUCUAAACUUCAAUGCUUGCUUUCAUAUAAUGUACAAACACAAAAAUCAGUUUACAAAAAACGAUUAAGCAUUAAUUAAACUGUCGAUUAAUCAACACUGAUCAGCAUAUUAGAAUGAUUUCUGAAGGAUCAUGUGACACUGGAGACUUGGAGUAAUGAUGCAGGAAAUUCAUCUUGGCUGCACAGGAAUAAAUUACAUUUUUAAAUAUAUUACAAGAGAAAACAUCAUCUUUGAUUGCAAUAUUAUUGCACAGCAAUCAAAGGAAUGCAGCCUUGGUAAGCUUAAGAGACUUCUUUAAAAAAAAAAAAUCAACAAUAACGACCCAAGAAGUUGAAGAAACAUCCAUAAAGGAAAGCAAAUUAAUCAAAAUCUUUUGUCAAGCCUCUUACAACUACAAUGCAGUUAACUCUAAAAUAACGUUAUUAAUAUGCAUGAUAAAUGCACACAAAUGUCUGAAAGUGAUGUUGUGAAGACUGAUCAGUGCAUGUUUUAAUAUCAGUUUGUGCAUAUAGUUGUAGUAAUAAACAGUCUCCCUUUCUUAAGGAUAUUAAAUGGAAAUCAAUGGCUGAAAAUGUGCCUUUGUUUAGUUCAGCUGAGGUGUCCGGGAAGCCGUAAAAAGAUUUGAUGUUUGAUGACCGUACUUGCAACAAUGGAUGCAUUCACAUCUAAUAGCAUUGGGUGUGUCUGCAAUUACUCUUCUCUGAAGGUGGCAUCAGUUCCAGAAGCUUUUGGUUUCACCGCCUGCACAUGACACGUGUAAGAUGAUCGCCUGCAUGAACUACACACAAUGAUUCGCAGCAGUUCAUGUGUGUAUCAUAUGAAAGCAUCCCAAAAGCUCAGUUUAGAUAAUAACAACUUUUAUGUGCCUGGAGCAUCAUUUAUUACUUACAUAAUUAAAAACAAUAGGUAACAUUAAGCUAAAGGUUAAAGAAACCAACAAUACAGGUCAUUUGGGAAUAAUGACGUUUUUGAGGAGGGCUGCUCUUGUUUGGCUGUAAAGGAGUAAUCUAAUGGAUCUCUGAAUAGAGUCUCAUGGGAAAUAAAACGCAGAACAGCAUGUUCCCAGAAGGAAAGGCAUUGUGAAUGAAUAUGCCACACGAAAAUAAGUAAAUACUCAAGAACAAUGCUUUUGGUGGCGAAUGACAAUUUGAC